AUGCGCGCCGCCACCGCGCCUCGACCCGCGCGCGCGCUCGCGCCGCGCAAACACGCCGCGCGUCGCGCCACCGUCGCCGACGCCGCGCGCUCGCUCGCGGACAUCGAACGCGCGUGGGCGCGCUCGUCCUACGACUUGAGCCUUCGUUGGCCGCUCACCAACGAGCUCUGCGCGCUGGAGAUCGCGCGCGCCGAGCUCGAUCCCGCGCGCUUUCGCGUCGGCUGGCACAAGUGCAAGAGUUACGUCGGCAUCACCUACCUGUACGACGAUGAACGCGACGGAGGCGAACGCGGAGACGUGUUUUUAUCCAAGUACGUCAUGCUGGACCCGGCGUUCGAGAACGUCGUCGGGUGCGUGCGGCACGAGCUCGCGCACGCGGUGGCAGGCGUGGCGGGCGUAGAUCACGGAAGAGCGUUUAAGGAUGCGUGCGAUGCGUUGGACGUGCCGGAGGCGUGGCGCAAGGCGACGACGGGGGCGUUUUACAGCAGGCCGAGCGUGCAGUUGAUGUGGGCGAAAUGCGACGCCGAGGAAGCGUUGCGCGGACGAGGGCGAGACGUGUUGCCGGAGCUUUUGUUCGAGAGAAACGUCUGGGAUGCGCCGGUGAAUGGAAAUCGUACGGUGUUCAAGGAUGAAGAGAGCGGGGUGGUUUUAGAUGCGUUUGAGAUGUACGAUUUGACCGUCGCGGAGGAGGCUCGAGCGGCGAACUCGAGCGACGUUGUAGCGUAG